AUGGAUUAAAUCAACUGUUAAAACCCAAACCAUGAUUCACAGAGAAUCAAAUAUAUUUGUGUAGAUCCAAACUGUUAAGUAUAACAAAAGAUUGGUAUUUUACUUAAUGUGACAAAGGUUGUGCUGAUUGCUUUUUGGAAGAUCAUGUUACUCAUUAGAGAAAGACACUUGAUCAAUUUCAUGAUUAAGUCAAACAAUAAUUAGAUACAUUUAAUUAGAUUGAAUUUUAACCUAUUACAAAUACAAUUUAAUUAGAUUUAGAGAGGUAAAUAGAGAGAGAAUUAGAAAAUUGUCUUUCUUGUAUUUAAUAUAGAUUUACAAACAUAAAAAGUGAUUUAAAAAGUGUAAUAGAUGGGGAAAAUGAAAAAUUAUAAGAAAGUUACAAUGCAUUACAAUACAAUAAAAAUUAAGAGUUAGAUUCAAUGAAAAAUGUGAAUGAUUUACAUAUAAUUAAUUAAGAGGAAGUAAAUGAUUUAGUUAAGUUCUAUCAAGAAUCCACAAAAAUCUAGUAGAAUUAUUAAAAAGCUUCUGAGAUAUUAUUAGAUGAGAAAUAAAAAGUAAAGUAAAAAAAAUAGAAAUAUUUAUAUAAAUUACGUACAAUUAUGUAAGGACUUAUGAAAGAGUUCAAUGAAUUAAUGACAACUAAAAACUUGUAAUAAGAUGACUUUAGUGAAUUUGAGACACCUUAAAAAUCAUCUAUGUCUCCUAAUAAAAUGAUAAGUCUUGUAGAAAGUACAAGAUCAUCAAGAAGAUUUUAUAUGAAUUAAACAAAAAAAUUAUUGUUUGGAAAUGCUUCAAGAAAGAUUGAAUGA